AUGACAAUGGAAAGGAGAAUAAAACUAAAAACAUUAAACAGUCAUAUAACUUGUAAGAUUUGCCGCGGAUAUUUCAUUGACGCGACCACAGUCACCGAGUGCCUACAUACGUUUUGUAAAAGUUGUUUAGUAAAGCAUUUAGAAGAGAACAAUACGUGUCCAACAUGCAACAUAGUGAUACAUCAGUCACAUCCCCUUCAAUACAUCAGCUUCGACAGAACCAUGCAAGAUAUUGUUUACAAACUGGUCCCUGAUUUACAAGACAAUGAAAUAAAAAGAGAAAGAGAUUUCUACCGAGCCCGAGGCCUGCCGUGUCCUAAAGAUGCAGCCCUUGCCGCAGAUAAACCAGGAGCUGGCGAUGAACCAGAACAGCCAGAUAAUACUGACUGCCAUCGGAAAGAUGAACAGGUGAAUGUAUGUCUGGAAUGUAUAUCAACUUCAUUAAGAACACUCAAGAGGAGCUUUAUAAGGUGUUCGGCCCAAGCGACCAUAACACAUCUCAAGAAAUUUGUAGCUAAGAAAGUUUUAAAUGGAAUGGAAAAGUAUAGAGAAAUUGACAUACUAUGCAACGACGAAUUAUUAGGCAAGGAUCACACAUUGAAAUUUGUUUAUGUAACGCGAUGGAGAUUCAGAGAUCCGCCGCUAAGAUUACAGUAUAGACCUAAGAUUGAUUUGUAA